UUGGGGGAGGGCAGUAGAAUCAGCUUUUGGAAUGAUGUGUGGGUGGGAGAUAUGGCCUUCAAAAAUGCUUAUCCUAACAGUUUCAGAAUUGCAAGAGAAAAGGAAGCUAUGGUGGCUGAUGUGAGGGUGGUUAGAAAAGGUUCACAGGAGUGGAACAUUAAUCUCACUAGGGAGGCACAAGAUUGGGAAGUGAGUGAGCUGGUGGAUUUUUUCAGCUUAUUAUAUAACAUCACUACCGCGGGUCCAGCUGACGACAUAAUGGAAUGGAGGCCUUCCAAGAACGGGAAAUUUUCGGUACACUCUUUUUAUGACAUUCUUUCAGCUCAGGAUAGACCCUUUUUUCCUUGGAAGAACAUAUGGAGGAGUAAAGCACCUCCCAAGGCUGCGUUCUUUGUUUGGACAGCAGCUUUAAGGAAGAUACUAACCAUGGACAACUUAAGAAGGCGUGGACUCAUAAUUACGGAUUGGUGCUGUAUGUGCAGAAAUAGUGGAGAAACGAUAGAUCAUUUACUAUUACAUUGUGAUUUUGCAAGAGACAUAUGGACUUACCUUUUCAGCAAUUUGGGAGUCACAUGGGUAAUGCCAGGAACGGUGGUGGAAUUACUAGCUAGCUGGAGAGGGAUCACAGGGACACCACAGAUUGUAGCGGUGUGGAAGAUGGUAGAUUCUUUGAGGAUCAUGAACGCUCCUCGGAGGAGUUUAAGAGCUUUUUUUGGAAGACUUUAUUUAUGUGAGCCAUUGCUUUAGAGUUAAAUGGUCUCAGCUUCCAUGAUUUCUUUGUAACAAUUUCUAGUUCUUAAUUUGGUAUACUCAUAUGUAUACCACCGGUGUACUUGGGCU